GGUAUGGUGACGUCAGGUCAGCUGAUCUCUGCUUCACCGAGGAGAAAGAUGUCGCUGACGAGCUGUCGAAGGAUGGAGGCUGUUUUCUCCGCGGCGUUUCUCCUCUGCUGUCUUCUCACAACCGGUGAGAUACAUGCAUCGGUGGAAAGUAAUGGUGUACAAGGAGACAGCUUAACGGUGCUGCAGGCUCCUGAGUUUGUGUCCUUCCAGAAAGGAGACUGGCCUGUUUCUGGGGAGAAGAUUCCUGACCUGGUGGCCUUAACCAUGGGCUUCUCUAUUCAAGAGGAUUUGUCCUGGCCAGGCCUUCAGGCUGGUCCAUUGUUCCAGCGUCCCCGGGCUAACGUACUGGUGGUGGUAAGAGGAGUCGAUAGCCUCGCCCUGCCUCAGAGUGUGGCCUCCUACCCCUUGGAGAACCCGGUACCCUUCACCUUGGAUAGUGUUGCAGAGACGGUACACUCUCUGUUUGCUGAGGACACCCCUGUAGUGCUGCAGCUGGCCCCCAGUGAGGAGAGGUUGUAUAUGCUGGGCAAGGCCAACGCUGUGUUUGAGGACCUCCCAGUCACCUUGCAGCAGAUCCGUGCCAGGCUGUCCCAGGAUGGCUCUGUGCUGGCUUCCCUGCCGCUCAACUCCCUCAGCAGAAAUGCAGAGGCUGAUUUGCUCUUCCUGUCUGAGGUCCAAGUACUGCAUGAUAUCACAGCUCUGCUGCAGAGACACAGACAUUUGGCGAAGGACCACUCUCCUGAUCUGUACUCUUUGGAGCUGUCUGGCCUGGAGGAGCUCAGCAGGCUCUAUGGCCAAGACUCUCCCCAGUACCGCGAUGCCACUGCUAUCCUGGCCUCAGUCCUGCAGAAAUUUGGAGAGGAUGUGUAUGCUCUCUAUGGCAACAGUGCUGUGGUGGAGGUUGUUACAGUUAAGACCUUUGAGGUUCCUUUGACCAGGAAGUCCCGUUCGAUCCUGGAAUCCAAACAGAUUAGUAACCCUGGCAGCCCUUACAACCUGGCCUACAAGUACAACUUCCACUACGCUGUGGUCUUCAACAUUGUUCUGUGGCUGAUGAUCGCUCUUGCCCUUGCUGUCAUCGCCGUAUCUUACAACCUGUGGAACAUGGACCCAGGAUAUGACAGCAUCAUCUACAGGAUGACCAAUCAGAAGAUCAGGAUGGACUAAGUCCUGGCCAUCAGCACUCCAGCUGUCCUCGUAGAUCCCUCUAGUGAAUGUUUGUGUUUUGUGUGAGGUCUUGUUUAGUGAAAUAAAACUGUGACUGCUUGAUGGGAGGAAGGCCGUAAUACUGAAUCCCCUCUUUGUUUACAACACUGGCAUGAUAACAGACAAAAAAAAAGCAUUACAGUAGUGGUGUUUGAAUUUGCCUUCAUGAAGCGGUUUAAUAUCAUCUUCCACUGGUGUAUACGCUGAACAAAUUCAGACUUCCUCCCUUCAAUCUCACAUCAUUCCUUAUUACUUUAACUCCUCACUAACUAUGUUUCAUUUGUUUCCCCCGGUGAUUGCAAUUGUAUUUUUUAUUGUAAAAAAAACUAUUGUAAUGUUAUGAAAGAAUGAGAUUUGUCUGGUUUCUGUGUGAAGUUGUGCUUGUCUUGCUGUGUGAAAAUGUUUUAAGUUAAAUGAAAUCUAUGUGUAUAUAUUGAAUAUACAAAUGCAACUAUGUGAGAAACUGCUGUACUCUUAUUGUGAAAAGAUUUGCGCUAUGUUUAUUCCGGGUAGGUUUCCCCCUGCUUCAGUUCCAAAUAAUAACUACAUGUUGGAUUACAUAAACACUUGAUCAUAAUGUUGGUUGUUAGGAUCGGAAAGGAUAAAGGUAGCUCUGUAAAUUGCAAUAGAAUGCCUGACAUUAAAUUAUUACAUGGGACAA